AGGCUUCAAAGAGGACUUGUCAUACUUCACUAGUUUUCCAACCAUGUGAACAAGAUAUUACAACUAAUGACUCCUACACUGUAACAAAUCUUUGGUCCUCCACUGGCAUCACUGUCCUUCUCCAAGAGAAUUGAGUGAGCACCAUUUUUGAAAAUUAUUUUCAUCGUGAAGAUCUUCACUGCAAGUAUCUAUUUUUUUGCAUUCUUAGAUAGACAUCAAAACAUCAAAGUUGUGAAUACUUGCCGUAACUAAAGAAGUUCAUCGUAAUCAUCACACGCAUCGCUUUCGUUGUUCCAGCAUAUAAUAUAAUAAAAUAAAUAGAGAAAGAGAUUCAUUAUUCUUGUUCCCAGCAUUUGUAGUUCUAGUAGUCUGUAAAUCACAAUCAGCGUCCUCAGACAAAAAAUGGAUUCUAACUUCCCUCACUGCCUGCGCAGCGUAGUCGCUGACUACCAACCAGGGAAGGGGCCCUUGCUUUCUCCGAACCCAGCGACGAGGCUAUACAGUCAGGUACGUUCUUGUUCUUCAACAGGUUGGUGUCCAAAAAUCUAUGUGGUAUGGACUUUUAGCAUGUGCGUAGUUCCGUCACGAAAAGGUGGGGUAUCGUCAUGUUUGCUUCGCUGUGUAAAAGAAUCAGUCUGGGGACAUCAUACCUACUCGAAGAUUCAUUCAUUGUUUUUUAUUUACUCCCUCUCUCUACCUAUAGAUACAACGACCACAUCAGGACACCAUUCUGAAGCUCUCCGACCACUCUGUCGGCGUCAUGCAUACCGGAUUCGGCGGCGGCGUCAGUACUGCUGUACAGCAAUGGGUGCGCUCACCAGUGGCGCAGAAUAUGUGCAGUGUGGACGUGUCGACCAUGUUACCAGGAGACUCGACGCGCCUCAACGAUGUCAUGCUCAACAUCGGAACUGCAGCUUCUUCUAGUCAGGGAGCUUCUAAUGGCAACAGCGGUAACAACUAUCAAAACCACGGAGAUGCGAGCAUCAAUAACAUGAUGAACAUGAACAAUGCCGCCACAUCCUCUACUUCCUCGUCCUCUUCUUCUAAGAAGAGCAAAACUACAUCUUCUUCGGAGCAACAUCAUCAGAAAGACACAACAACUACUGGGAGUGGAGCAUGCUCUUCGAGCACGUCUACUUCCUCAAAGAAAAGCAGUUCUACUACUUCAUCUUCUAAAAAGCACUCCAGCAGUACUACGAGGACUUCGAGUCCACCUUCGUCUACUGGAGGAGCUCUUGCGACACUCUUUGAACAGCUCGCUCUGAACGGAAGUGCGUCUGGCUCCUCACUGAACUCCACUCCCUCGUCGCUGGACGAUGAUGAAGAUGAUGAAUGUGAAUCACCACUAGCCGUACUAGCAGGAAACAAUAUUCAAGAGUCCACGCACCAUAAGAAAUCGACCUCAACCUCUUCUCGCAGUUCUUCCUCCACGAAGAACACGAUUACCAAGACGAAGAAGAUCGUGAAGACGAUUGAAAAGACAUCGACGAUUUCGCGCAGCAGUUCUGGCCGUGCGAACGGGGGUCCGCUCGGCCCGAAAGCUGCGGUCGACACACUCAUGUACGAUCAUCCGUACAACAAUAAGGGCAGCAGCAGUUCUCUGAAGAAAAAACUGUUGAUGGUAGAUCGCACACCGUCACCAGCGAACUUGAGCGUGGACACGAGUUGUGGGAGUACUACAAACUUGCAAAUCCAAAUACUUUUGCUCUAUUGAGUUUGCUUUUCUUGACUGCUAGUAUCUCGAACCCGAUAUCCUCCCACUUCUCCUGAAGUUGGUUUCUGAUACAACAGUUUUCCAUACGUCGCGGCGCUCAAAGCACAUAAGUAAAAUAACAACCGGUUAGUUUUCCCUCUAUCUCGUAGAUGUAAAAAUAUCCCUUCAACAAGUAAUUAUAGACAUACGUCGGUCCCAUCCUAUCAACAUGUUGUAACUCACCCAUGACCAGGUUACAACGGCCCUUCUUCCGGCCGAAGUGGGGAGGAGUUGUACGAGUCUGAUUUUGAAUCUGAGACUGACAUCACUGAUUCCGAGAACCGCCACACGAGUGAACAGCGUCGCGCCAUCAAGGAACGCAGUGGACUUGUGCUGUUCGAGGCUGCAACGUCACCUAGUAAAUUCUUGAAGGAGCAAACCACAACUGCCACGGUGAACCUGAGACCCCCUACGAGCUUAAGCUGCGAUGGCGGAAACAUGAUCACCAUCAUGCCCACGAACUUCUAUGGCAGCACUACUAGUAUCUUUUCGUCGACUGGUGCUGGUGCAGCCGGAACAGGAAGUCAUCCCUGCAGUACAACAACUACGACCACUCCCUAUGGUACUUCUAUGAGCACUGUACCAACAACAACCACAACAAGCGCCUGCUCACCUACGACCCCUAGUACCAGUCUGAGCGACCUGUUUUCCAAUCCGAUCCCCACUACAGGAGCUGCAAAGACUGUGAGUAAGAACAGCGAUACUUCGAACCGUGUUUCGAAAACUACAACAACUUCUUCCACCAGUUCCAGUACUAAAACAUCCACCUCUUCUAGCUCCACAACAUCGUUCUUCUCGUCUGUUAUCUCUCCUGGCGGUGUCGCGCGCAGCGGUUUAGAUACCGGAAAGACAAUCUUCCAGAUGUUCAGUGGCAGUGAGAAAAAGAAGACCGAAAAAACCGAAACGUUGGAGGAAAAGACUCUGCGCAAAGAGAAGGAAGAGAUUGAGCGUGAAUGGGUUGUGACGAAAAAGGAAGGGGAUUCCAAAUUCGAAGAUUGGGUAGUGUGCUAGAUGACCCUGUUCUUUUGGGGGUGUGUUCGUAUGUAUUCGUGCGAUUUGCGUGUAAAUAAAACGCUGCGGAGCUUGUAAUGUGCAUACAAAGAACAGGUCCUAGCGGUGAAAGACCUGAUCAUGAAGAGGUUUUGUCGUGACUCGUGACUAAAUUUGUUUUUUCUUUGAUCUACUUUCAACAUCGUAUUUGCGCGCCUAUUUGUUUCCUGUUCGUUGUGCUCUUCGCACUACGUCAGUCAUUUCGAAGAAAUACGUACUGUAAAGACGAAGAGCUUCGAGGUGUCACAGACAGGAAAUGAACACCUCGACAUACGAUGUGGUCAAAAAGCAUGUUAUAUUUUUUAGCAUAAAAUAAAGUAAGACUGAGUCGGUCCGAUAAAAAUACCGGCACCUCUACUUCUCGUUGAUGAACUACGGUAUUAACACAAUAAAAAGUACACGUUAUGAUCAUGAUCUAUUUUUCAUUUUUAGUCUACGUCUGGGUCUAGAGACCCACAUCCAUUUAGUACAAGAAUUCCAUGAUUGAUUUAUUUCUGAUUUUUACCUAAUCGAACAUCUACAUACAACUAGUACCUAUAGUACCUAACGACAUAGGAGUAGGACGAGGUAUGAUUAGAAAAAAAGGGCUUAGAAAAAAAGCCUCAUGUUGAAAAUUACUUACAAGUCAUGAUGUAUUUCUCCUUUGGUUAAUGAAGAAAAAAGCUUUGGAUGAUAAAUGAUGUACAGGUCAAUGCACAGAGCAGAUCAGCACGGUCAAUGAGAAGCAUGGAAAUUUUAGUGCUGAUCCCUGUACAGCAAUGAUCCUGUUGAGUUAGAAGCACAGAUGUAGGCUCUUCUUUGAGCACAUGGAUGCCAAUCUCGUUCCUCCACGGUCUAGUUUUAUUGACUUUCGAAUGAGCAUGUGCUGUGAUGAAAUUACGUAAAGGGUGCGAUCAAGUACUUCGUUUGGAAGUAUGAGUAGAAGUUGGUGCCGGGUUAGUUUUAGCAGUUCAACACUGCCGAAACAUGUAGUGGGAAUAACUACAAAACUCUGAAUCUGACGAAGAUGGCGAGAGGACGCAGUUGUUGAACGACUAUGCUUCGCUUUCACCUCGUCACCACUGUCCUUUCCUAGAGGGCACUCACUGCAGACUUCUCAUACUCCAUUAAAUAGUAUAAUGAGGUCUUGGUGAUCUAAUAUUUUGUCGCCAAUCCAAGUCUCCCUGACCAAAGAAAUGAAAAUGUUUUCUUGAGCAAGGCGGGUCUUGUUUUUAAAUGUUCACGAAUGCUAAUAUGUGAAAGAAGAAAGACAAAACAAGAAAUGACCACUUACUUUAUGCCACAAGCAGAAGCCGCGCUGCUGCUUUCCUCACAAC